CACACAUAGGAGCACCGACAAGGGGACUGUCCUGCCGCAACUCCGCUGCUCUCCCGCUGAGGAAACUAACCUGAAUUUCUAGCGACGCAGAGGCAGACGCUGCUCUCCUGCGUUUACCAAAAAAGCUGAGUGGAAUACAACCUGAAAACUUCCCAGCCGGUCGGACAGAAAGGCUGAACCAACCGUAAGAUGAAACAAGAGCUGGAGGACCAUUAUGGCUGCACACAUUAAACACCUGGAAUUUUACGUGCUUUGACAACAUCAACAUAGAAUUGCCAAAGAACUCUGGAAGGAACUCCUACAGAACCUAUUUUCACAUCUGCCUGUGGAUUAUAAGAAAGAGAUAGCCAUCAUGCCUAUUCUCAAGCAGCUGGUGAACAACUCUAACCAGUCGAAGCGACGGUCUCGAGUUGACCUGACUGCAGAGAUGAUCAGCGCCCCAUUGGGAGAUUUCCGCCACACCAUGCACGUGGGCCGGGGAGGCGAUGCCUUCGGGGACACUUCGUUUCUUAGCACGCGAUCAGGCGAACCUCCCAGAGAGCCAGAACCGAAGCAGGGCUCCCCGGGCCAAAAACAAGGGCUACUGUCCCGCACUUUCAGAAGCAGCAAGCGCUCUCAGUCAGUUAAUCGGGGAGACAAGUAUGACUACAAUAUGGCUCCAUCUGGUGGUUCAUCCAGUUAUGUGAAAAACGCCAUAUCCCUGCCUUACCUAAAUGAUGAGGAUACUAACAGAGGCAGCCAGAUGCCAAAGAGCGUGUCCUCUAGUCCCAUGAAAAAGCUGAUGGAGGUCGACACCAAGCCAGUAAAUGGAGCAGCAGCAAUGGCGACAUUGGAUGCAGAGUUUGACGAACGUAAUUUUGGCGAACUUACAGAUUUGCCCCCAUCUAUGCCUAAGGGAGGUGGGAUGAAGCAUGCCGAAUCUAUGAUGUCCUUCCACAUUGACUUGGGGCCCUCUAUGCUCGGGGAUAUCUUGAGCGUGAUGGAAAAGAAAGGCUGGGAGGAAGACGACUUGGGCUAUGAGGAGGGCAAAGGUAGCGAGGGCCGUGGGUCCCCCUCCCACAUUCCCCAUAUAGAUGAUGAGGAGGAGGAGCAGGCCCCUGCAAGGCCACCUCGCAGUAUGUACCAACAGAAGGCCAUGGUGGAUCCCUACACCCCAGAGCUACGCACCAGGAACAACCACCACAACCUGGAUAGCUGCUCUGUGUCGAGCUCCGGCUCAGCCACUGAAGAGAAACGUCAGUACCACCUCCAUGAUGGUGAUACGGACAGUGCAAAGUACAGUUCCCCUCGUGGAGACGAAGACAGAGAUUUCACUUUCAUGGAUGAGGAUGAUGAUGAGAUUCGAGUGUAAGCUUACCCAAUAUUGCUGCUAUGAACAGUCGUGAAGGACACUAAUGGAAGAGAGAAGACGUUGGGAGGCUGUUGCAAACUGGGAAAGGCAAGGGAGGGACUUGAGGCAGGGCCACAUCUGAUUUAAGCUUCUUCUAGAUCAAUUUUCUCUAUUAAACAUCAAAAAUGAAACCAAUCAGGCCUUAUUCAUUCUACUGUGGCAUAAGAUGUGAUCUGAGUGUGUGCUGGAGUGCAUAAAGACUGACUCACAAAGUGGCCACGACUUGCAAAUUUUGUUUGCGACAUCACACUUUGAACUCACAUGUUUUGGAAAAUUCCAACUCUUGUGUUAAACCCUGUCCUUCUCACACUCAUUUUAAGACAACAAGGGUGAUCACAAGGUUAGAAAACUGUACCCAAACUGUCAAUCACAUGAAUAUCACAUUUGGAGUGUGAUGUAUGAAAAAAAAACAGGAUACACGAGGUCACGAACUGAAUGUGGAUGUGUAGUACAAGUUCUGAGGAAGGAAGAGGGAAAAGGACAAGAAGUGAAACUCGGAUAGCUUUGUAUUCCCCGUGUGUGGGAGUGAUGGAGCUUCAUUUGCCAAAUACAGUGUUUUGGCAUGACACUAAAUAGAUAAAGUAGAUAUUACUUUUGUCCACGUCUGACUUUAAGGGGUGAUUUUUUGCUAUUUUUACUUUAUUUUAGGUACAUACAGUGUUUGGCAGUUGGUCUACAGAAGCCCAUUGUAUUUGAGUUGAGUAGUGUGUAGUUUUGCAAUUGUUUAUCAUCGGAAAGGUCUUCAUUCUUUAAAUUCACAGACAGAUCUAUGAUAUUUAUUUGUUAAUUUUCAUAAGGGACAGAUCAUACUUAAUGUGCACUGCUAGGUCUUAAACGUUUUGAUUUGGGCGGGGGGGGGGGGGUUCUGAUGUGUUUAAUUUCUUACUGAAUUUCUUAAUGGUACUACAGAGUGGGUCAACUUCUUUCUAUAGAAAUUGGCUGAAUUGCACUUAAUUAUUGGACUCAAGUAGACAUAAAAUUGUCAAAAUCACAUCACUCCUGCUAUCACUGUCAUGGUAAGGCUGUAUUAAAUGACAAUUACUUCUGUUUUACAAAAUCCCUCGCUGUUAGUGAAUGCUUCUUAAUUAGCAAAAAAAAAAAAAGAAAAAAAGAUGAAUUGUCAAAAAAAAAAGAAGAGGCCUUUUGUAUGUGUUAUGUGUGUUUUAAUACACAUGUUUUGAAACUGACAAGGACAGAAGUGGUGGUUGUGGCUGAAUAUGACUGUGCAACUGAUGUGUAUUUCUGUGUUCACUCCACAUCGUCACUGAGGUUAGCAGGAUUAGCAGGUCAGCAGAAAGACGAAGAGGAAAUGUCUGAAAGGGAGUUGCUGCAGUAAACAAAAUGGUUGCAUCUAAAUUAAUAGUCACUGCUUCAUCCGAACACAUCUCUUCUUUGUAGACAUCGGUCCAUACUUGUUUCUACAAGCAGCGAAAGGAUGUCAAAACAUGCACAAAGUGUUAUUAGAGAGCAGCUGGGCAUCAGGUAUGUUUUGGGGCAGCGAGAAUGAAAGAUAUUUUUGAAAUGGCCCCACAAGUGAUAAUAUUCACCUACUCUACACAACCCAAAUCACAUAGUAGGAACAGAUGAUUAAAUCAACCAAUCAUCUGGCCUUUCCCAGUCUACUCAUUAAAUAUGCUGGAUAAUUGGCCCCUAACCAGCUGGAACGACUCCAAGAACAGCAGGGUCAGGGACAGACAGGUGGGCUGUUUCUCUUUUCGCUUUUUUUGCGUUUAGUUGGUUUUUACAAUACUGGCUCAUUCAGUUGGCUCAGUUUCAGUUAUGAAUUAAGACAGAAACAGGAGUACUUUCCUGUCCGGUAUCCAUGACUAUGGUCUGACUUUUUUUUCUUUUUUCAUUAUUAGGUGUUAGAAAACUAUUCACCACAUCUGACAAAUGGGAGCUUUGAAUUUCCUGUUGUGACAAUGAUGCAGGGGUGUGUGUGUAUAUUGCUAGAAUCAGGAUGCUGUGUCAUUCUGCUUUGAGUUAUUGUUGUUUUGAAACCAUGUCUACAUGAGCAGGUUGCGAGAAAUUCAGUGGUAAUUGCCAAGUAUGUUUUAACCAUAUUAUCGGGUAAUGUUUAGCAGGAUGUUGGAUUUUGUUUAUUUUUUACCAAUGUAUAGAUAUGCAGUAUGAUUUGAGUUUGAUCUCUUUCACAUUUUGAUGUAAAUGGGCCAAAUUUUAAAGAUGUCUUACUUUUUUUUUUUUUUUUUUUUUGCUCCAUCGUGAAAUAUGUGGCUUGUGGAUUGUUUUGGGCAGUUGCAAUCCCUCAUGUUUUAUCACCAAGAAAUGGACACUAAAAAAAAUAAGAAAGAACAAAAACACUCCUUAUCUGCCAUCGUUAUAAUCAAGUAAUGUAAAUAUAAUUUGUGCCAUCAAUGAUUACAGUGAACAAUCUUUAUUGGCAGUGUCACUCCGUGGUAUUGGUGUGUGAACCAGAAGAAUGUUAGCCGCUUUAAACUAAAUAGCACAUUUGUGGCCUAAUUGUAUUUGCGAGUCGGAAUUUGGAAAAUGUAAAUAGAGAAUUAUGGAAAAGUAUACAAAAUUACUCUAAAAUACUUUCUUGUAAUUGUCUGAACUUUUUGGCACUUGUUGUGUUUUUCUGUGGGAAACUUCUAAGUAGGCCAGAACCAUAUAAAGGAAUUUGCGAAUACUUUCUGCCCCAGGUCUGCUUAAAAGUUGUCUGUGCCCCGACGGCUGUGGUUUGGUGAGUGGCAAAAAAAGAUAAGGACUGCAAAAAACAACUGGCUCCAUGUUCAGCUGUAGAAUGUUUUUUUUUUUUUUUUUCUAUUCAGUGGCUGUAGUGUUAUGCCAAGUAUGUACUGUUUUCUCUUCCUCUUUUUCAGUCUGGUUUUACAGUAUAUUAAUAUAUUUACCUCCCUUCCUUUCCUUUCUUUGAAAUAACAGCUAUAUUUUUCAAUAAAAGAGAAAGCUGGUAAUCUUUAA